AUGUCCGGAGGAGACCCGCGGGGGCAGUUCAUCUACAGCCUGCCCUCGUCCGUCCUGUGGGAGUUCUGCCGGGUCAUGGACGGGCUGUCGGACCUGGACUGGACCCGGUUCGCCUCUGAGGUCCUCAGAGACCAGACCUCGCUGCGAUUGGCCGAGAGGGAGGACCGGCGGACGGACUACGUGAUGAACCAAUGGGGGAUCAGGAACGGCCGCGUGGGCGAGCUCAUCGACCUGCUGGAGUCCCUGCAGCUAUUCAGGCCGCGCGACGUCGUCCUGAGCUGGCUGUCGGCGUUGGCUCCGCCCCCUCCGGCUCCCUCGCCGCCCCCCCCCCUGCGUCCUGCUGGCCCCGCCCCCUCCUGCCCUCCUGCCAGCUCCCUCCCCUGGUUGCCCCCGGCGACAGCUGAUUGGUCGGACGGUAAGGGGGAGGGGAGAUGCCUACCUGGCCCCGCCCGCCCCCCCACAGACCUGUACUCAGUGGACCAGCCCCAGAUGGUCAAUAACAGUCUGCAUCCACAGGAGGCGCCGCCCGCCAACGCCGCCGUCGCCGACGGCAACGCCGCCAUCGCCACCGGCGGCCCGUCCAGCGUGGGGGGGGCGGUCAUGGUCUGGGCCUACGAAGAGGUGCAUGAUGGGACGCGGGGCUUCUCCCCCGCCCUGCAGGUGGGGGAGGGAGGCUUCGGGGUCGUGUACCGAGCCACUCUGAGGAGGAUGGACUGCGCCGUCAAGAGGCUGCGGCAGGACCGGUCGGCUCAUCUGUGCCGCUUCCUGUUUCAGGACUCUCUGAUGGACUCGUCUGUGCUGAGAAAAAGCUUCCAGACUGAAGUGGAGAAACUCUCAAAGUUCCGUCACACCAACAUCGUGGAUCUUCUGGGCUUCAGUGAGGGGGGCGGUUCCAUGUGUCUGAUCUACAGCUUCAUGAGCAACAGAUCCCUGGAGGACCAGCUCCACAGCGUAAUCCUGGUUCCGGUUCCAGUUCCUGACUGCUGCUCCCUCUCCUGGUCCCACAGAGUCGGCAUCCUUAAAGGGGCAGCAACGGCUUUAGAGUUCCUUCACUGCCCCCCCGCCGGCCAGGAACCGCUGAUCCACGGAGACGUGAAAAGCUCCAACAUCCUGCUGGACCAGCACCUGGUGGCCAAGCUGUCGGACUUUGGCCUGGCCCGGUUGGCGCCCCCUGGCCCAGCCCGGUUCGGCCCAAUCGGGCCGGGCGGGGGUUCCGGUUCCGGUUCCUUCACCCAGACGGCCUCCAUCGGGCGGACGGCGACGGUCCGCGGAACGCUGGCCUACCUCCCGGACGAGUACGUGAGGAGGGGCGAGCUGUGCACGGCCCUGGACGUCUACAGCUUCGGAGUGCGGUCCCUGGUGGAGGAGUUGGAGGGCGGCCCAAACGGCCCAAUGGAGGACGCCUGGCGGAACCAACUGGACCGACGGCUGCUGCCAGACGGUGCUCCUGACCCGGUGGGCUGGCGGGACGUGGCGGUUCUGGCCUGCCGGAGCCUCCACAGCCGGAGGAAGAAGAGGCCGGCCAUGGUGGAGGUGUGUGGCAGGCUGCAGGAGGUCCAGCGCCGGGUUCUGGACCCCACCCGGGCCCCCCUAGACCCCCUAGACCACCUGGACCACCUAGACCACCUGGACCCAAACGUGGCCCUCCUGUCCCAGAACCUGGCCCGCCUCGGCCCCCUGGAGCACUCCUACCCCCCCUCCUCUUCAUCCCUGCCCCCCCCCUCCUGCUCCUCCUCCUUCCUGGGUCCCUGUGAAACCGACGAGAGUCGGGGCUUCUCCCAGUACCAGCUCCGGUCCCCGUCUCCACGGGAACGGAGUCCGGUCCCGGCCCAGCCCUCGGUGCCCACGGAGGACCAGUACUCCCAGUACCUCCAGUCCUCCCAGUGCCUCCAGUCCUCCCAGUGCUGCCCCCAGGACGCCGCCGGGUUCUCCGGGUUCUCGCAGGCGGCGCCACUGCAGUCCCUGUCGCCGAGGCCUUCAGGUGGGGAGUCGGGGUGGGCGGAGCCUGUUGGGUUUAGCAGAUGGGCGGGGCCUGUUGGAGUCAGGAGGUGGGCGGGGCCUGUUGAAGUCAGGAGGUGGGCGGGGCCUGUUGGGUUUAGCAGGCGGGCGGAGCCUGUUGGAGUCAGGAGCUGGGAGGAGCCUAUUGGAGGGAGUUGGGGUGGGCGGGGCCUGUUGGGUUUAGGAGGUGGGCGGGGCCUGUUGGAGUGGGGAAGGGGGGGGGGCCCAUUGGAGGGAGUCGGGGUGGGCGGGGCCUGCUGA